CUCAGCCACGCGCAGCCAGCCGCUCCUUGCUCCUUCUCCUCACUCCACGCCAGCACUCUCUCCGUGCCACAGCCCGCCGGACUCACUUCCAGGUCGCGUGCACAUAUCGCACCCCACAACCAGGACCUCCCACUCCCGCCCUCUCGUGCCGCCGCCUGCUCCGCGUUCUCGGCGCGUCGCAGCUCGUCUGGCGCGUCGCGCGCCGUCUCCUCUGCGCUGUGCGCAGCCGGCAUUCCUGCUGGGCACGCCACACGCAUCAGAACAGCGCUGCACUGCGAGAGCCUGAGCAAUGUCGCACGCUAGCUCUAGCCGCGCGGCGUCGCCUCUCGCUGCUGCCGCCGCCGGCUCCAGCCGCAGUGGCAGCGCAGACGUGGCCGCCGGGCCUUUGUCCGCCGCCGCAGUCAAGAGCGAGGCGUCGACGUCUGCACCUCGACGAGCCGCAGCCUCACCAGAUGCAGCCGGCAAGGUCAAGCAAUCGCCCUCAUCUCCCCGUACUGGUGGCUCGCGCCGCUCCAACUCGCCGCUGCUCUCCUCGCCACGCGCGCCGGUCUCCUCCGCCAGCAGUCCGAUGCACAUGAGCGACGACGACGACGCAGCCGACGCAGCUGCUGGUCCAUCAGUCAAGAUGGAGCUGGAGCGCAAGCCGCCGCCGCCCACCUUCUCGCCCUCGCCCACGGCCUCUCCCUCUCCGCACUCGUCGCCGCGCGCGCGCAAAGACUCGGGCGGCGCCGACACGCGCACUUCUUCGCCCUUCUCCUCUGCCUCAGCCUCAGCGUCGGCACCCCAGCCGCUGCCGCCGAAGCGCGAGCGGCGUGGGCCGGCGGCGCGCAAGAAGCUCGAGCUGGGUCCGCCGCAGCUCAUCCACCACCUGCCGCGUGCAGAAGAGGAGGCUCUGGCGCAGUUUGAGGAGCUGAAGCGCAACUGGUACCAGACCUCCAAGCUGGGCCGCAGCAAGGGCCAGGAGGAGGGCAUGGUGUGCGAGUGCCGCUAUACGUAUGGCGUCGACUCGCCGAGCGUUGCGUGCGGCGAGGAGGCAGGCUGCAUCAAUCGUCUGACGCAGGUCGAGUGUCUCGAGUCGGAGUGCAACUGCAAGGGACACUGCCAGAACCAAAGGUUUCAGCGCUCGCAGUACGCCGACGUCGAGAUCGUGCAGACAGAGAAGAAGGGCUUUGGCCUGCGCGCUGCCAGCGACCUGCCUGCCGAGGCGUUCAUCUACGAAUACGUCGGCGAGGUCGUGGAGCACAAGACGUUCAUGAAGCGCAUGCAGCAGUACGCCGCCGACGGGAUACGGCACUUCUACUUUAUGAUGCUGCAGCGCGAAGAGUACCUCGACGCGACGCUCAAGGGCGGGCGCGCGCGCUUCAUCAAUCACAGCUGCUUGCCCAACUGCUACGUGGCCAAGUGGCACGUCGGCAAGCACAUGCGGAUGGGCAUCUUCGCGCAGCGCGACAUUGCUGCCGGCGAGGAGCUCACGUUCAACUACAACGUCGACCGCUACGGGCACGACGCGCAGGAGUGCUUCUGCGGCGAGGCCAACUGCGUCGGCACGCUCGGCGGCAAGACGCAGACGGACAUCGGCGGCAUGGACCAGCUGUUCAUCGAUGCGCUUGGCAUCACCGAGCAGGUCGACGACCUCGAAGCCAAGGGCACGCGCAAGAAGAAGAGCCGGCACCUGGACGAGGACUUCACACCGCUCAUGCAGCCGAUCGAGGAGCACGAGGUGGCCAAGGUCAUCACUGCCGUGCGCCAGGCGACGUCGAGCCGGCAGCUGCUGCACAAGCUGCUGCAGCGCAUCCGCAUGACCAAGGGCCGCAGCGUGCAGCGCGCCCUCGUGCGGCUGCACGGCUUUCCGCUCAUGGCCGGCGUGCUCGAGGAGUGGAGCGACGACAAGGAGAUUCUGCUGCUGGCGAUGGGCAGCCUGGCGCGCUGGCCGCUGAUUGCGCGCAACAAGGUCGUCGAUGCCGGCGUCGACUCGCUGGUGCGCGACCUCAUGGAGCACGAAGACGCCGACAUUGCCGCCAUGGCGCGCGAGCUCAUGGGCGCGUGGGACCAGCUCGAGUUGAGCUACCGCAUUGCGCGCCGCGACGCUGCCGAUGACGCAGGUCCGGACGGCGCCUCGACGCCCUCGUGGCUCGAGGCGCGCCGCGUGGCGGAUGGCGACGACGUCGUCGUGCCUCUCGACUCGGCGCGCGCGCCCAACGCCGUGUCGGACAGCCUGAGCCGCAUCGUGGCGCGCCCGCUCGGCACGUCGCGCGUGGCCAUGGCUCGCCCGUUGCCUGGCCCGGGCAUGCUUGGCCUGCCUGCCGCAAUGGGCUCUGGCAGCACGCAGUGCUGGGGCCGCUUCGAGCCGCAGACGCCCAGCACGCCGCACACGCCCGACGGCAGCGCCCCGCCUAGCGGUCCGCUCGCUGGCAUGCUGGUCGCAGCGCCGACGCCGAAGCCGCAGUCGAUCGAGGAGAUCAUCCGGCGCGCCAACGAGGCUCAGGCACAGCGCGUGCGGCAGAAGGAGGAGCAGGACCGCAGCGAGCGUGAGCGUGCACGCGAGCUCGAGCGCGAAGGACGCAAGCAGCGCAAGCGUGCUGCCGCCAACGGCACGCGAGGCGGCGAGCGCGACAAACGGCGCAAGCCGUCUGCUACGACUGGCUCGAGCAGCAGUCGCGCGCCGAGCAGCAGUGCCCUUGCUGUCGACGCGGAUGUGCCGAUGGAGAAGCGCCUCAAGAAGCUCGUGGGCGAGGUCGUCGUGCGCUGCAUGAGUCGGCACCAGGACGAGCUGGACCGCGACACCUUCAAGCGCCACGCCCGCGAGCUGACUGACCUGAUCUGCGCCAAGGAGAUGAAGAACUCCUCGUGGCCACCGCGCGACGACCGGCUCGAGGUCUUGCCGACCGAGAAGAAGGCCAAGAUGAAGGCCUUUGCCAACGAGUACAUCGGCAAGCUCGUCGCGCGCAAGGGCCUUCACGCUCAGCACCCACGGGCAGACAGCCUGGGCGCUGCGACUCCGCAGACGCCCGACGCCGACGGCCGGACGCGCGUCAAUGGCCAUGCCUCGCGCCUGUCGAGCACCCUGGCCUCGCCCGAGUCGUACAGUUCGCCGGCGCGAGCCUCGCAUGCAAAUGGCGAAGCCCAGGCGACGAACGGCAGCAGUGCGCCGGCGCCGCCAGCGCUGCCACUUGGCCUGCCGCCGGGCCUGUCGGCGAUGCUCGGCGCAUCGUCGGGAGGACUUGCCUCUUCGCCGCUUGCACAAGGCGCGAGCAGCACCCCGCUCAGUCUGCCGCCGGGACCGCCUCCGGGCCCGCCGCCGGGCCCGCCACCACCGCGUCCUCCGCCGUCCGGCCCAGCCGCACUGCGCGGCAGCUUCAAGCAUGUCGCAUCCUCCUCGCCGCCCGGUCCGCGGCCGCCGCAAGCUGCCCCGCCAACAGAACCGGCGGCCGACCGCCGAGCCUGGGCUGCAGCGCCGCCCAUUGCCAGGUCGUCGCCUCCGCCCAACGCGCCGCGCGGCCCGCGAGGUGCCCGCACGCCGCCGCGUCCGCCGGCGCUGCAGCGAUGAGAGCAGGCGAUGAGCCACGCGCCCUCGUCGCUCUGAAGGCUCUCUCUACCUGUGCUGCAUGUUAACCACCCACCCGUCACCUAAGCCUCCGUCAUCUGCGGCCCUGCGCCCUCCGCUAAUCG